UGACCUAAUCUAUUUUGCCGUUCGCCAUAUUGAAAUGAAAUUUCGGAUGGCCUACUUUUCUGGCUAAGUUUUAAAAUAUUAUGCUGUUCAUUCUGAAUAUAUUUUCCCUGCAUUUGAGUGAAAAGAUAUUUUGUUGAAGAAAUACGUUUAGUUUUCUGCACGACAACUUUGAAGUUAUCAGUGCAGUUGAACUAAAAAAGUGGGUGUGAACUUUCGCAUGCAAAUUAUCUCGGAAAUUUCAAGAAUGCCAGUUAGAAAACAAGAUGCCCAUCGGGCUCUUGAGUUGUUGGAAGACUACCACACAAGGUUGAACAAACCCCAGGAUAAACCCCUUAAGAAUGCUAUUGAAAGAGUCAUUAGAAUAUUCAAGAGUAGAUUGUUCCAAGCACUUUUAGAUAUACAAGAGUUUUAUGAAUGUACACUGUUAGAUGAAACUAAAGAUGUGAGUCAGAAAACAUUGGAGACCCUUCAGAUGGUGAACAAAUGGGAGAAAGAACCACCUAUUAUAACAUCUACGCUUAAAACAGAGAAACAGAACACAGUAAAUGACGAUGAUUUACCACCACCCCCACCAGAGCUCACCCAGGAAGUGGUUGUCGAGAAACAGACGGCUUCAUUUAACAGGCCAAACAAUGUGGCACCAAGAGAAGUCCCCCCACCAGUACCAUACCCAGAUGUUGAGGAUCAAGCCUUGCCACCACCGCCCCAAGGUUCCGAUGUGGACGAUGAUGAAUAUAUGAAUGGGGAAGGAGAAUGGGAAUAUGAAGAAAUUGCAUUAGAAAGGGGUACAACAGGGCUGGGAUUUAGUAUUGCUGGCGGAAGUGAUAACCCACAUAUAGACGACGAUCCAAGUAUAUUUAUAACAAAAAUUAUACCAGGGGGCGCUGCUGCAGCUGAUGGCAGAUUACGAAUGAAUGAUGUUAUAGUGAAGGUAAAUGAUGAUAAUGUUGUCAAUGUAACACAUGCUGAUGCUGUUGAUGCACUAAAGAGAGCCGGGACCAGAGUUGUAUUGUAUGUGAAACGGUUAAAAGCUCCAGUUGAAAACAUACUUACCAUAGACUUGUCUAAGGGAAAUAAAGGUUUAGGUUUUAGUAUUGCUGGAGGAAUAGGAAAUCAACACAUUCCAGGGGAUGAUGGGAUAUUUGUAACCAAGGUGAUUGAAGGGGGCGCUGCAGAACAAGAUGGCCGCCUAGCAGUCGGCGACAGAUUAGUAGCUGUAAACGAUGAUAAUUUGGAGAAUGUAACGCACGACGAGGCUGUUGCAGCAUUAAAGGCGACGUCAGAACAUGUGACACUGACUGUUGCGAAACCUUCAUUUAUACCUGAACCUCUUCCUAGUUAUGACGAACCAUCUACACCACCAAGUGAGCCUAAGUACAAACCACCAGUAGCUGCAAAACCCGAGAUUCCUGUAAAACCAUCUUAUACUCCUGUCCAGGUGACACCUGUCCACCAAUCUCCAUCACCACGGCAACCUACCUAUCACGAAGAAGAGUCCAGACAAGAUUUAUUGCGACCUGAAGAAAUUAGGAGGGAUAUGCCAAAACUGCAGGCACACGAAAUGCCUCUAACUGAAGACGAGAUUCUAGCUGAUAUGCCAAAAGAGCCACGGAAGGUUGUGUUAAAGAAAGGCUCGACUGGUCUAGGGUUUAACAUUGUGGGGGGAGAAGAUGGGGAAGGUAUUUUUGUAUCGUUCAUCUUGGCCGGCGGACCGGCUGACCUCAGUGGCGAGAUCCGGAGAGGAGAUCAAAUAUUGUCUGUCAAUGAGACAGAUUUACGGAGGGCCACACAUGAGGAGGCUGCAGCUUGUUUGAAAGGUGCGGGUGACACGGUGGAAAUUGUGUGCCAAUACAGGCCAGAAGAAUAUAAUAGAUUUGAAGCCAAAAUUCAGGAUUUACGGGAACAAAUGAUGAACACAAGUACUGGUAGCUUACAAACAACGCGGAAACGUACACUUUUUGUUAGAGCAUUAUUUGACUAUGAUCCUUCCAAAGACAGCGGUCUUCCUAGCAAAGGUUUAGCAUUUUUAUACGGCGAUAUUUUACAUGUAACUAAUGCCAGUGAUGAUGAAUGGUGGCAAGCUAAGAGAAUUCUUCCUAACGGAGAAGAGGAAGGCAUGGGGAUUAUACCCAGCAAAAAACGGGUUGAAAGAAAAGAGAGAGCCCGAACUAAAGCUGUCAAGUUUACAGGGAAGAGUAAUGCUGAAAAAAAUAAUCUUACGUUGAAUGACCGAAAAAAGAAGAAUUUCUCAUUUUCACGACGGUUCCCGUUCAUGAAGAGCAAGGACCAGAGUGGUAGUGAGGACAUCAGUUGUGAAGAACGUACUAAAAAAUGGGUGGAGAGGCACGGAGCUUUACAAAGACACGGGCGCAGUAUAUUGCGUUACUCAACUCGGACAAACAAUCAUAUAAUAAGAGAUAUCGCAUGUGCUGAUAGUGAGUCUAGUUUCAGAGGAGAUGAACCAAUUCUUUCUUAUGAAGCAGUGGUUCAACAAGAGCUGAAGUAUACACGUCCAGUUAUAAUUCUUGGUCCACUUAAAGAUCGUAUUAACGAUGACCUCAUUGCAGAGUUCCCGGAAAAAUUUGGUAGCUGUGUGCCUCAUACAACCCGUGAACCUCGAGAUCACGAGCUAGAUGGUCGUGACUAUCAUUUUGUUUCCUCACGUGAACAGAUGGAGCGAGACAUUCAGAACCAUUUGUUUAUAGAGGCCGGACAAUAUAAUGAAAACUUAUACGGUACCAGUGUGGCUUCAGUGAAAGAAGUUGCAGAAAAGGGGAAGCAUUGUAUAUUGGAUGUGAGUGGAAAUGCUAUUAAGAGAUUACAGGUGGCCAACCUCUAUCCCAUUGCCAUUCUUGUCAAGCCCAAAUCUGUAGACUCAAUUAUGGAGAUGAAUAAAAGAAUAACAGAAGAACAGGCAAGGUUGUCAUAUGAUAGAACAGUGAAGUUGGAACAGGAAUUUGGUGAAUAUUUCACAGCGGUUGUACAGGGUGACACAGCAAAUGAAAUCUAUGCAAAGGCUAAGGAAGUGAUUCGGGACCAGUCUGGACCGGUGAUCUGGGUACCGGCCAAGGACAAAUUGUAAACUUUGUAAAAUGCUGUGACCCAAUUUGUGUGUUCAAUUUCUUAUAGAAUUUGUCCUGUUUACCUGGAAAUUAAUAUGGAUACAGAUUUCACGAUAGUGUAUAAUCUAGGGAAUUAAAAGCUACUAAAAUUUUACGAUAUGUACCAGUAUGUGACUUUUAUUAGAAAUUCAAAUUUACCGUAAACCUAUCGAGGUGGGAGAGGUUUGAUUUACACUGAUAAUUACUGUUUUACGUACAUUUUCAGUUUUAGUCUGAACUUGAAGGUUAGUUAGUCGACAAGAAAUUUGCCAGGAUAUAAUGUAACGGAAACAAUGUUUAUAUAUAUUGUUUGGUAUCGGAAAACUGGUGUCGGAAACAAAAAUAAUGGACAGAAAGCCAUUUAUAAACAUUUUUAAAGUCAUUAUAAUUUUUUGUAAAAGAUGUAUGAGGACAUUCUUGACUUGAUGAUUAUGUAAGGUAUUUACAGAGAUGUGUAAUUAGGAUAAAAAAAGACAUUUUAAUGAUAUGAUAGGGGAAAAAAUGAACAAAAACUGCCUCAACGAACAGUGGCAACUGCUAUUCACAAGUGAGAGUGAAAGAGUAAGAAAGAAGAAAUGGACUUUUCAAGAGACAGAACAGUUUUACUAACAAAAUUGGUGUUUGAGUAUCAGUGAAUGGACGGACAGACGGGUAAUGGUGGAGGUCUGUGUAGAAACAAGUGCUUUCCUUUGAUUUUAUGAACACUCUUUAAACAUGCCAUUCAUUUUGUGAGUUUUUAUAAUCGUGAUUGGUGGAGUAGGAGUCGUUUUAUUCCUUGCCAAUCCAUCCCUUGUGUAAAGGCGAAGUAUCAUGUUUGUAGCAUAAGACUGUCACUUGUUAUAAAAGUCAAUCUAUUAUAUACAUAAUAAAGCCACAGGCGUUGUUUUUUAGGGGUUUUUUUUGCUACUUUUUGCUGUCUGAUAUUUUUUGCACAUGAUUAUGCGUAUGAUAAAUUAAAGAAGCAUUUAUUGUUUAUUUAGAUGAACUUUAUAACACACUAACACUUAAAAAAGACACUCUAAUUCAAUUAAUCACAGUUUGAGCAAGUGUUUUGUUGCCUGUGUGCAACAGAAGUUGAUGACGAAUUCUAUUUUUUUCGUCAGCAUUUUGUUUAUAGAUUUUUUUUAUGUACAUCAAUACACUUGUAUUUUGUCUGACAAAAUCAUAUUGUUAUGUAUCAUUUUAUAUCAUGAAUGUUUUUUAAAAUCAUAUAUAAUAUUAUACAAAAUAGUGAUGUACCAUAUGCUUACUUGUUGAUUAGGGAAUACUUUUUCAUUUUUUUUGAAAAAAGCAGGAGUUUUGUACCAUUACAUGUCAGGUAACCUGUAGAAAUAUUGCAGUGAAUGCUUGACUUAUCUGUACCAGAGUGAUUAAGGUGGUUUCAUUUGUUUCAGACCAAUUUUUUUUUGUACUCAACAUUUACACAAAGAUUUUAUAGUUUAUUGAUUUAUAUAUUAAUUACUAAGUUCGUUUUUUGUACGAGAAAGUUGGUGUAACCAUGGAGAACUAUUCCCUGAUUAACAAUGACCUGGAUUAUCAUAUCAGAAUGUACAUAUAUAAUAUUAAAACAUGAAAUAAUGUAAAUAUUAAAUCAAUUUUUAUCAUGUAUUCUUAAAAACACAGGAUUUCUAGGGAGAAUAUAGUGCAAUGAAUUUGUUUUUUCAUGUUUUCUUCCUUUUUUUUGCGAACAUGAAAUCCCCCUUUUUUUCUUGAUAGAUUGAAAAUUUGCUUUAAUUCACUUUCACUCAUCAAAAAACUUUAUUUAGCAAAAGUAGUUACAGAUGAUGUUGCUCGUGUGGAAGGCUUUUGUAACAGCUAUUGGUACAAGUUGUGACCUCUGCAGGAGGCUUAUGUAACAGCUUAUUGUACAAGUCAUCUCCGUGGGAGGAAUUUGUAACAGCUAUGACCUCCCCAAUAGACGGAGCUGCUUAUUAUACAAGUCAUCACUUCAGCAGGGAGGCACUUUAAAAAGGAUCAGAUACAAUAUUCCUGCAUUGAGGUCACAAUGAGUGGUUUUGCAUAUCUUUAUUUUCCUUAUGAAGCAGGCAUUGCAUUUUAAUUUUAGCCAGUGUGACUGAAUUAUGCUGAAUGAACAUUAUUCAUGCAUGUAUGACUCACUCUUCUGUUUCUGUCUCUAUAGAAACAUAGUUAAAAGCUAUAUGACAGCUUUAUCAGGAUGAGAACAUGUGUGUAAUUUUUGAAGGCCACUUUAAGCUUUCUUGCUCUGAAUGGACUGGAACAACUUCACAAAUAUGAAAGCAUUUAAGUAAGUGAAAAUAAUAAUUAUAACCUAUUUCAGGGCAUUAAGAUCACAUUGAGUCAGUUUGAACAGAGUUGAUUGUAAUUUUCAUGAUGUGUAAUUUAAAUGAAUCUCAUUUUAACAUACAAUAUUGCAUUCUGGCGAUCCCAAAAAUAAAUAAAUGUAACUUAACAAUAAAUUUAACCCACUCAACAGCUUUUGAAGCUGAAUAUUUUAUAAUAGGUACAGGGGAAGCUUAGUUUCCUAUUUGGUGCAUUGUGUAUUAUCCAUUCUGAAUUCAAAAGCUAGCACCUGUUUUUCUUUUUGUGCCAUAUUUUUCAACUACCUAAACUACUGAUAUGUUAACAACGAGCAACUUCCUCAUUUAACUCCAACAGCACUGGUGGGGAAAAAUCGUGGCUCAUGCCUUCAGAAAGGAGUCAUAGCACUCCGACUUGGCGCUGUUCUACUGUAUUUUUUCUGUAUUUUGAUCCAAAGAUCUCCUAACAGGAGAAUAAACUAGUUUUAAUUCCUUAAUUUGACAAAAUCCAUUGAAGAAAAUAUAAAGUCAAUUUAGUUCUCGGACACAAUUUUUAUAAAGAAUUUCUUUUUCAAAAAAACAUUUAAAAAAUGAACAACAACAAACUAUUUGUUGGAAAAAUGAUUUCUAAUUUUACUUUGCCACUAUAGUGAAUACUUGAUGCAAAAAUGUUUUGUCGUCUUUGGGUUGAAUAGUGAUUAUUUGGGUAGAUAUACAACUUGAUGGGAAUUUUUUUUUUUAACUGGAGAUAGCUAAAGGCAGGAAGUACAUGUAACUAAAUUUUGCUUUGUUUUUAGAAUUAUAUAUAAUUGAAAAGGUAGCUUUUAAUUGUAGCAUAUAUUAGAAUUGCACUUAUUUGACGCAAGUUAUUUAUAGCCUUUUCUAUCACAGACAAUUCUGUACAUUUUGUAAUCUUGAUGCACUAAGCCCCUAUAUUUUAUGUAAAUGUUGAAUAGUUAUAUAAUCACAGCAGGGGUUUUCUUGCUUUAAAAAAAAAUGGCUUCUUUUUUUUCUUCCUUUCCUAACAAUUCUACCUGUAUUGACUUUAUUUAUAUACGGUUUUUACUUAUUAUGCCAUGUAAUAUAGAUGUAUUUUUUUGUUUUAUAUGUAUAUAUUAGCAUAACUUAGCCUAAUUGAAGAAAUAUGUUUUGAUCUUUUUUCAGUGGUGGUUACAGGUCUAUAAUUAAGCAUAACAGUAGGUGUUGUUUUUUUUGUGUUAACAUGUUUUAUGAUUCUGUAGCUGCAUUCCGACCAGUCAGUUUGCUUAACACGUAAUCUGCUGAAUAAUUUAGAUGGACUUGUCCCACUUCCAUUUUUGGGACUGUCCAUUAUCAAUUUUAGGGACAUCAGUUUGAAUAUUUAAAGUUUGUCAGCCAACAGUAUAGAGCCUGGUCAGACUGCACGGAUGCGCAAAGGCUUAACGCUUUCGGUUCCAGCACUUUUAAGGGCUAAUUACACGUCUUGUAGUGAAACAGUUUGAAAUUUGCAAGAAAAUAAUAUCAAUUCUAUCUUAAAUUUUCUCCUAUUAAAUAAUGAAGUUGUGAUGUUUUUUGCACAUUGGUCCGAGACUAUUUCGGCAUCUUUGAAAGUAAAAGUCGGAAAAUCAGAAUCUAGUAUAAAUCAGUAUCAGAAAGCAUUUUUGUUACGAGCCUUUGAAAAUAAAACAAAAAAACAUUUGUGUUCUUUAAAUUUGUAAAGCAAUUCUUUUUUGGAAAAAAAAAAGCCAUUUGGGGAUUAUAAAAAAAAACUAUUUUCUAAGGUAGGUAACUCUGAUAUGUAUACUUAAUUAAGAACCAUAAUCAAUAGUCUCCCUUAGUUAAAGCUGUAGAUUUGCAUAACAGUAAGCAAACAUUUAUUUGUUUCGUAAUUAUGAUUAUUUUUGUAGAUAAAACAUUUUGAAUUUUUAACCCCUGUUACUUUAAUCAUGUUAAAUGUUUUGAAAUGAAAUGGUUGUGUUGUUUAUAUCCUGUUGAAAUAACAGGACAGGCUUUUGUAGUUUACACUGCUCAAAAUUUUUCAGUUUUCACCGUUUUAUUUCUUUAAUUUGCAUCCAUACAUUAAUAUAUAUACAUUGUAUAUCUAUAUAUCUUAUAGCAUAUUUGACAGGUUUUUAUGAGUAGAAAGUGUGAAGUCAUCAUUGAAGGAAAAUGAAAGUACUAAACAUUUUUUUCAAAUAUUUGUAUUCGGAUCACUUACAAAUGUUUUGUAAUGGCUACAUGUGACCAUUUGAGAUGUUAUCUAAAUGAUCCUGCUAAAAUGUGUAACGCUAUAUUUUGAAUGUCUGAAAAAAGGAAGAGUAUGUUUGUAUAGGGGAAAAAAGGCUUACCAAAUAACAUUUUAUCUUAUCCAGUUUCGUUGCCAUUGGAAACAUCAGCAUUUUUGUUAUUAUUGACUUUCUGUGUGAUACAGUCUUGAAUUCUUUUUCAUAAUUACCAUUGUUUUACUUACAAUAUUUCCAUCUGUUUUGUCCAGCGAUUUGAACACAUUUUUUAAAUACCAUAUUUAUCCAGAUUGUGACACCCCCCCCCCCACACUCCCAUAGUGUGACAUUUUCACCUGCUUUAAUGGGGGUGGGGGAUAAUUAAUAAAAUUGGUGCGCACAUUAAGAGAAGUACGGUAAAAGGGUUAAAGGUCAUAUAAUUACAUUACAGUGUUACAGUAUUCUAUUGUAUAAGGUUGUAUGUUGUUGAUGUGUUGGAAUAUUUGAACAUCAUUUUAAAAUUUGACAUUUAAACAAAUAAAAAAAUGCAUUUAAUGUAUCAUAUUUGACCAUUCUCUGUUUAGCAUCUUUUAAAAAGAAUGUUUGGCAUGUAAUACUCGUAACAUUUUGUUUUGUUUGCUUUUGAAUAAAAUCAGUUUGAUAUUACAUCAAUAAAAAAAAAACACAUUUCAACUUUGGAUGUACGUAUACAGGGAUAUUUUAUGUUGUGAACAUGUUUAGCAACUUUC